AUGUCGGAUUCAAUUACCAUCACAUCGAUGGAGAUUGUUUCUUUGGAUGUGUGGACAAUUGGUUUAACUUAUUUUCAAGCGUUUUAUGGAAUCCCUUCUGUCUUCCUUAUGCUCUUUUUCUUUUUCUUUUUUGCAUUCGGAAAACGAUACAUUGGACCAUUUUAUCGAAUCGUUCAACUCGAUCUUCUCGUGAACAUUCUCUGUUAUUUGAACACGUGGCUAACAAUGCGUUUGGAAAAGAUUCCUAUCGGCAUACCAUUCUUGAAAGUUCUGGAACAUUAUCUCCCUGGCUUACAGACUUUUUCCCGAUUUCUGGCCAACUACUUCAUGCAUUUCCAAUUUUUGACUGCUGCAUUCAUGAGUGUUCAUCGAAUCAUCAUGAUGAAAAAACGAAACACGACUAAAUUGUUCUGGAGAAAAAUGCUCGCUGGAUUCACUUUCUUUGCCGUCAUCUACAGUUUUCUUCCAAAUCUUGUUCUGUAUCAUGGAUUCAUAACGAAAAUUGAGCUCGUCGGAGGAACUCUUUCAAGAACCAAAAAUGAUGCUCUUUUUAAGAAAGGUGCUAAUAUCACUGCCGUUUUCGCUUUCUUCUACUUUCUGAUCCUGGCUUUUCUCGGAAGCUACUCAGUUUUUACAGUAAGCAAACUCAAAAAAAUGAAUGCUGUAGUUUCCAUAACAAAAACCCUGACAAAAGUCGCGUACACCUAUUGCUUCCUCUACGUGGGUAUCCUCUUGUGGACCGUUUUCACUGCUAUUGACUCUUACGUUGACUGGUUUCCUAAGAUUAUCAAGGAAAAUAAUACUGUUAUUCUUGGCUUUUUCUCUGAUCUGAUGACACUCUCUCUUCCAUAUUUACUGCUCCGUCUCGAUGGAAAUGUGAAACGAGAUUUUUUCAAUAAAUCUAAUGAAAUCAAAAAAGUCAUUGUAAUUGAUAUUUCGUAA